AUGUUACAGUCGUUUUUCUCACUUCUGUCUUCGGGUAUUAGCGCCGGAUUCACCCACACUCGAUCUCCCCCGACUAUCCCACCACCAGAUAAGUUCUGCAUGGGUGACAAUUUCCGCCGCUGGGCAGCGGACACAUCGGAAUACAUCCAGCUGCUUCUUGCCAGUGAACAAAAGCGUGUGCUGCUUUCCUUAUUGGAUGGAGAAGCUCGGGAUAUAGUACGAGACGAACAUAUCUUGAAAGAUGGGGUCACAGAAGAUGUCUUUGAACGGCUUCGCGCGUGCUUGAGAGAGCGGAUCCACCCAGUCGAACAUCAAUAUCGGUUCCAGUCACGGAUCCAACUGUCGGGCGAAAGACUGUUGAAUUUUGUUCGAGAACUGCGGCGAAUAAGUGAAGACGCUUUUCCGGAGUUAACCGACGGACAGCGGGAAGAAAAGAUCCUUGAGCAGAUCAUUGUCGGUACCCGAGCCCCUAAACUCCGCGAGCGGUUUUUGGGUAGUCCUCUUCACUCGGUUGCAGCGGCACUAAAAGUGGCGAACCAGGUGGAGGACAUCUUGGGCGUCCUACAGAGGGAUCGAGAGCCAAACACGGCACACCCUGCCCCCGUCCACAUUCAACAACAACAACAACAAAAAGACGUUGGACACCAGCCCGAGGACAACCAUACCAUCUCAUGCCAUUGCGCCCUAACCGACCGUACUUUCACUCUACCUUUCACCGUCCAGCCCAACCAAUCUUUCGAGAUGGCCCUCCCCGAACCCUGA